UCAGAAGCUGCUUGGUGAUUGGGGUUUUUGGGCUCUUCUCUUUGAUUCGCAGAGAUUCAGUCUUUGUUUCGUGGUUUUGACUUAUGGGCUGUGUUUUUUCUUGUUCUCUUGGUUGAUAAAAUGGCAGUUGGGAAAUCCAUGUGUCAGUGGCACAAUUGGAGGGUUUUUGGGUUCAUUAGUCUUGCGGAUUCACGUAUUCGAGAAGCGAAAGAAGAAAGGAAACCCGAGAUCGGUUUACCCAGGUAGUAGUAGUAGUGUUCGUACAUCGUCUGUACUUACUUGGUGGUAUUUCUAAAGAAGAAGGAAAAAGAAAACGAUAAUUUCUUUACAUAAACUGUUUUUUGCAAGGCAGGUUUGCUUGGGUGUGAUAGAUAGAAGGCAGUGAUUUUUCAACGAAAAUUGAGCAUCUGUUUUGAGAGAUUGACGAGGUUGUGUGGUAAAUAUCAGUACAGUGGAUUAUUCCUCAAAUGGCUAAUCACGAGUUAAUUCUUGGCCAAAACCAUGAUUUAUCUCUUGGACAGAACCAGCAGUUGGCUCUCCGUCACAAUCAUGAAAUUGGUCAAAACCAUGAUUUGGGUCUGGGGCAGACACAUGAUCAUGAACUGCUUGGUUUAGGACAUGCCCAUGUCCAAGAAAUGGCCCUGGAACAGACGCUUGAUCAUGAACUGGCUCUGCAGCAGACGCAUGGCCAUGAUUCGGAACAUAAGAAUGAAUUAGCUUUGGGUCAAAUUAAAGACUCUGAAGUUGGUGAGGAUGGUGAUAACAGUCAUGACCAUGUUGAAGACCAUGAUCAUGAAGUAUCUCUUGCUGCACAAAACCAGGGGUUAGGCUUGUCAGAAAACCAUGAAUUGCCUGUCCCAGAGAGCCAUGAUCUUGAUCAGAGCUUAGAGCUGGCUGAGGACCAAAGACAGGAAAUGGCCAUAGAACCUGCUCCUCGAGAAAUGGUUGUCCAACAGCCUACGCUAGUGGUAACUCCUGUUCUCCAGAGCCGUGCUCUUGUUGCUCACCCCAACCAUGAGCUGACCGUGGGGCAAGAAUUUCCAGAUGUCAUGAGCUGCCGUAGGGCAUUGAGGGACUCAGCUAUAGCGCUGCAUUUUGAAAUACAGACAGUGAAGUCAGACAAGACACGUUUCACCGCGAAGUGUGCAGCUGAGGGAUGCCCAUGGCGAAUCCAUGCGGCAAAGCUUCCAGGUGUUCCAACCUUCACAGUCAGAACCAUAAAUGAACAGCAUACAUGCGGAGGAAUCACCCACCUGGGCCAUCAUCAAGCGUCAGUCCAGUGGGUUGCAAGCUCUGUGGAGCAUCAGCUGAGGGAAAAUCCACAUUACAAGCCGAAGGAAAUAUUGGAAGAAAUUCAUCGGGUUCAUGGAAUCACAUUAUCAUACAAGCAAGCAUGGCGUGGGAAGGAGCGAAUCAUGGCUGCCGUCCGUGGGUCAUUUGAAGAAGGGUACCGCUUUCUUCCACAGUACUGUGAACAAGUUAGACGGACUAACCCAGGGAGUAUUGCCUCAGUUUAUGGGAAUCCAGCAGAUAACUGCUUCCAACGUCUAUUUGUCUCAUUUCAGGCAUCAAUCUAUGGAUUCAUCAAUGCGUGCCGACCACUUCUUGGGCUUGAUAGAACUCUUUUAAAGAGCAAGUACCUUGGGACAUUGCUUUUUGCUACUGGUUUUGAUGGAGAUGGUGCUCUGUUUCCUUUAGCAUUUGGGGUGGUCGAUGAGGAAAAUGAUGACAGUUGGAUGUGGUUCCUGUCUGAGCUUCAUAACCUGCUUGAGCUCAAUACGGAAAACAUGCCAAGGCUUACCAUUUUGUCAGAUAGACAGAAGGGUAUUGUGGAUGGAGUGGAAGCAAAUUUCCCAACAGCCUUUCAUGGAUUCUGCAUGCGGCACUUGAGUGAUAGCUUUCGGAAGGAGUUCAGUAACACAAUGCUUGUCAACCUUCUUUGUGAAGCUGCUCAUGUUCUUACAGUUAUUGAAUUUGAAGCCAAAAUACUGGAGAUUGAAGAGAUCUCCCAAGAUGCUGCUUACUGGAUUCGCCGCAUCCCACCUCGUCUCUGGGCCACAGCCUAUUUUGAGGGAACACGAUUUGGACAUUUGACGGCAAACAUAGUUGAAUCAUUAAAUUCUUGGGUACUUGAAGCCUCUGGACUUCCUAUAAUUCAGAUGAUGGAGUGUAUCCGCCGGCAACUGAUGACUUGGUUCAAUGAAAGACGUGAGGUUAGUAUGCAGUGGACAACAGUACUUGUGCCUACUGCUGAGAAGCGUAUGUCGGAAGCUCUUGAGCAUGCACGCACUUAUCAAGUGCUUCGUGCAAAUGAGGCAGAGUUUGAAGUAAUUUCUCAUGAAGGAACAAAUGUCGUUGAUAUUCGCAAUCGCUGUUGUCUGUGUCGUGGCUGGCAGCUCUAUGGAUUGCCUUGUGCACAUGCAGUGGCAGCACUACUGUCUUGUCGGCAGAAUGUCCAUCGUUUUACAGAGAGCUGUUUUACUGUUGCAACUUACCGAAAGACAUACUCACAGACUAUUCAUCCUGUUCCAGAUAAAAGCCUUUGGAAAGAGUUGUCUGAGGGAACUCAGGAUGGAGGCAAUAAAGCUCUGGAAAUUAUCAUAAAUCCACCGAAGUCACUUAAGCCACCAGGUCGACCUAGGAAGAAGCGUGUUCGUGCUGAAGACCGUGGACGUGUCAAGCGAGUUGUACAUUGUAGUCGUUGCAACCAGACAGGGCAUUUCAGGACAACUUGUGCUGCGCCUAUAUGAGUUUUCACUAAUAAAGCGAAUUAGGUGAUGUCUCUCCUGUGCAUAGAAAAGGGUGGUCUAGGUUUGUUUAAUGUAUCUGGAGCUGAUAUCGGUAAUUGGGAUCUUUUUUUAUUUGGGUUUUAAGCAGGCUUUUCUUGAUAAUUUUUUACCCUAAUAAUCACAUCCAAGGAGAUACUUAGGAUUUAAUUUUUUUUGUUUUGGUUUUCCAUUUCUAGAUGGAGUUGUACAGUCCAGUGGUGGGGUUUGUUAUCUUAGGGUUUUUUAGCCAUUAUCAUUAAAUUUUAAUGCUUUUGAGGGGAACUAAUGAUGUAAAUGUAAAUCUAAAUGUGAUUCUUGACCAUCUGGAUCUUUGUGUUGGGUGAAAUAUGAUUUUUGGUACUUCA